UUCAAACCACCUCCCAUGCUUUCUUGAACAGUUUAUAAAUGUACCAUUCUCCACUGCAAGUCUGCAAAGGGUCAUCAAGUUUUGUGGAUUAAUUAUUAGACCGGUUUAGAUGGAGGGAAGGAGGGAGAUGGAGAGCCGUUUGCGGAUGGAGUUGAUGGUUUUUCUUGUGUUGGUUUUGGGGUUUAGCAGUAGAUCCUUUGGUGCAGUUUCUCACAGUACCAUGAACAAGAUUUAUAGAAUAAACAAAGAAGGUCCAUAUUUGGGCAUUGUAGUACCAAAUUUCUUUGAGAUGAACCCUCUUCUUCAAUCUACAAGCUUUGUGGCUGAUCAGAAGCUACCGUAUUUGGAUUUUGCUGGAAGAAGGUUUCGAAUCGGACGAUUGGAAGACAAAAAGGUUAUAAUUGUUAUGACUGGAUUGAGCAUGCUCAAUGCAGGCAUCUCAACUCAAUUACUACAAACCCUAUUCAUGGUGAAAGGUGUUGUACACUAUGGAAUUGCUGGAAAUGCAGAUCCCCAACUCCAAAUUGGAGAUGUCACCAUCCCUCAAUUUUGGGCUCAUACAGGCCUUUGGAAUUGGCAGAGGUUUGGAGAUGGGCCUAAUGAUGAAUUGUCCUUAGAAUCAUUUGGAGACUACACAAGAGAAGUUGGUUAUAUAAAAUUUUCAGAUUUUAGUAACAAAACCAAAGUUGGAACUUCUGUUCCCAAUCUCCUGAACAGUGCAUGGUAUCAGCCAGAAGAGACCUUCCCAGUCCAUGGCACUCCGGAAGUUAGGCAACAUGCCUUUUGGGUUCCAGUCAACCACAAAUAUUUUUCACUUACCAAGAAACUAGAGGGUUUGAAGUUGGGGAGCUGUGUCAAUACAACUUGUCUUCCAAGAACACCCAAAGUGGUGGCAGUCCAAAGGGGGAUUAGUGCAAAUGUGUUUGUUGACAAUAGUGCAUACAGAGAAUUCUUGAAUUCCAAAUUCAAUGCCACCCCAAUAGACAUGGAAAGUGCUGCAGUGGCUCUUGUAUGUCACCAGCAGAACACACCGUUUAUCGUAAUUAGAGCUCUCUCUGAUUUGGCUGGUGGAGGAUCCUCUCUCUCCAAUGAAGCCAACACCUUUGCGUCAUUGGCAGCUCAAAAUGCAGUUGAUGUUGUACUCAGAUUCGUUGCCUUGUUGUCUUCAUAGUUUCACCAUAAAACGACACACUUCCAUUGAUCGGUGGACUGUAAUUUGGAAUAAUUGAGGUUUAUAUAUAUAUGUGUGUGUGAAUUUCUUAUGCGUAGUGAAAACGAAGCUCAGUUUUUGGUUUU